AUGGCAGAUUCGGAAGUGGUGGGCACCGGCGUCUCUGCUGCGACGGCCCCGGCACCGCCAUCACCGUCUCCUUUGGACGAGGCAGAGGUGCUGGACAUUGCGGCGGCCGUGAAAAAGAAGCGGAGGCAGUACCGGCACAAGAAGUUCGGCUGUACGGUGGCCGAGCAUAUCAUGAAGGCGGUGGCAUCCACCAAGGAGCGCCGCCGGCUCUCAGUGGCUGCUAUGAAGAAGAUGCUGUCGCCCAGCGGCUAUAACCUGGCCCGCAGUAACUCGCGGGUCAAUCGAACUGUGCGCAGCCGGCCUAGCAAAGGAUCGCUGGAGCAAACGGCGGGCUCUGAAGCCUCGGGCUCGGCCAAGCUUAGCAACAGUCUGGAGGAAACGACGGCAGAAACUCCCAAGAUGGUGCUAACCAAGAAGUCGAUGGCUAGGAAGUCCCGAAGGCUGAAGGCGACAAGCAGGAAGAGGUGCCAGCGGAUGAAGAGACUGGACAGGCACCGUAAGAAGUACGGCGCCGUGAAAAGGUCGACCCGCUGGAAAGCCGUCCGGGUGAAGAAGGUGCUGGCGAUCCGCCGGGUCUCGAGAAAGCCGAAGGAGGCUGCGAAGAGCCCAUCGCAGAGUGUGAACCCGACAGGUUUGGAUGUGAAACCGACUCCAUCCAAACACAAUGACUCAGACAUGAGCUGA